CUUCUUUGAACAUUCCAUUCACAUUUCCAUAUUUAGAGGACAAAAUUAUGGGUCCUGUCUAUCAGAUUAUUUCAUGCAAUCAAAGUGAACCUUUUAAUUCAUGGAAUAUUCAGUUGUUCUUAAGCAAAAGAAUUAAUGAUUUUUUGAUAUUAUGGACUGUUUAUCUAUAUCAAUACAGAAAAGAAUUGUGCUUAACAUGGUUAAAUGAGCGAAAAGAAAGAUUAAAAUUACAGAAUGAAAUAUCAUCCGAGGAAUCUAAAGAUUCGAUCAGAAAUAAUAUUUUGAACAAA